AUGGGAUGGGGGGAAAGUUGGCGAAGCAACCCGGCAGCAACCGUCAUAAAGGGCGCCCUGGCUUCGGCAAGGACGGAUGGAGACAGCUCCGGCUUCUACCCAACAUUGGGCUUGUCACCAUGGCUAGCAUGGCAGCAGGUGGUUGGGCAUUAUACCCGCUUGAAUUUGACGAAGGCCCAGGACGCGCUUGUUGCUUUGGGUGGUGUGGCCCGGGUGUACCAGCAGCUCUACAAGAGCAGAUAUGUCGCAGGUCAUUGGGAAGAGGACUUCGUGUCAAGUCUGAUAUGGCGAGUCUCCACUGAGGGUCACAGCCGGAAUUGUCCGUCUGCAAAGGUGCAGAGACCGGAGCAUUUUCGAACCGAGGUCUCGCAAUACAUCGCACCAAGCUGGUCUUGGGCCUCUGCGGAUAUCGGAGUGGUUGGGUAUGGGGCGAGGCUUGUGCCAACGUACACACCCGAUGUCGUCCACAAGUGUGUAAUCGUGUCGAACGCAGAUCAAUUUGGUAUCGUCACUGACGGUUAUCUCCUUCUGAAGGGACCGAUAUAUCCAGCAAGCCUGGCAGUCGACGAUCGUUUCAAUCUCAAAGUCCUUGUGGGGCUGUUGGUGGAGGGAUUCGCCAGCCCUGUGUGGACCGUCGACAUGGACAUGGGUUGCAGACGUCAUCCUAGCUUGGUAGAGAUAGUGAAAGAAAUCGAAAAUGACGAAGACAGCGAGGCUGGGCUAAGCAGCAACGGAACGGAUGAGGAAGACGCCGAGACGGACGAGGAUUCUGCGGAGCAAAGCGACAGCAGCAGUGAGGAUGCCGGCUUUGACCCAGACUGGGAUCUGAAAACACUGUCAAAACGAUAUCCGGUAGUCUUUUAUCUUCCCAUUUUCGAAGGUACUACUGUUGACGAGUCGGAUAACGUGACAGAAACCAAAACGGGUUUGGUCCUGGAACCAGUGGACGGAUGCAGAGGAGCCUACAGGCGUGUGGGGAUUUGUUUCGACAAGCAUGUUGCCAACAGAGAUUGGAUGCUCCCGGAAGCUAUGAAAGCCUCCGAAUCGAUGACGAAGGGUCCUGACAGUCACUUGUACCUUGGCUUGGGUGAAGGGAUGAUUUUGAUAGUGUGA